AUGCGUUUCCUGGGUGGUGUUGCAUCGUUGCUAUUCUUUUCAAUCGCCGCCUCGGCCACAAUUGUCCUCCCGGGCAUCGACUCGGACCUUGCCAAAAAGUUGUCCUCGGACAACCUGGUCACCUGUGAGCGGGUCCGGUACGACCCUGACAAUAACCGUCAUGGUGCCCAGGUGAAGGUGACCCUUCGCUCAAAGGGUGCCGACAUUCCUGUGGUUAUUGUCCGAUACUCUGACAUCGAAAACCUCGUGGACUUCCCACUCGCUACAUCGGAUCUUCUGUCCCAAGACCCCCUCUUUUCCAAUGGUGCUGGUGCUUUCCAGAUCAAGUUGAAAGACCAUAGUGUACCUACAGAGUACACAAAUGCCUUGCUCGAGUACACAGGUCAGCUGGCCGUCCUUGACGUCACUAGUUCCGGCACUUAUUGUGUGUACACGGCCCCACAAGAAGUCCCCGGUCUCGACUUGGACGUCGAAUUCCGUAACUCCCAUGGAUACCUCACAUAUGAACAAUACGUUCGAUUCUUUGGUGACCAGGCUACUCUUUUAGUCCUUCUUGUGUCGUCCUUGGUGGUGUACCAGUACUUACCAGCCUCCUUUGACCCGCCCAAGACGUACUUUCUCAUAAGCAGUGCCGUGCUGAUCGUGGCACAACUCACCAAGGUGGUGGAUCUGUGGCUUGUUUUAAACCAUGAUGUCUCCUCCUACGACCCCACUGCAAAGAUUCUCCACGAGCUUGUAGGUUCAGUGUCCUCUCUUGUUUCGUUGCUCUUUGCCAUGGGUCUCUGGAACAUCCAUGGCUCGAGAAUGACGUCUCUCCCGGCCACCUCCAAGAACAUAGCCCUUGUUCUUUCCGCAGUCUCUGCCAUUGUUGCCUACUACUGGACAGCAGUCUUGCAGGACGGAGAAGUCUUGGAAUCCGGGAUCUUGGACUUGGACGAAACAAUGCAAAGUGCCGCCAUCUUGUGUGGUUUGUUGGUAUCCAUUCUCCCGUUCAUCAAGGCAAUCUUCACCAUCCGGUUCCACCUACAAACAAAGCGUGAGGUCAUCAACACGCCCCUCGACUGGAUGAGUGGCACCAUUGGCUUCACUCUCCUUUACGAAACGGUGGCCCCCUGGUUGGUCUUCCUCUAUAGAUUGUAUCAAGACUCUGUUCCAGACAUUGUGGACCUGCCAGACUUGUUCGAGCAUCUCUCUUCGGUCUCCCAGGCGGACUCGGUGUACUUCAAACUGUGCAGUGUUUGGCAUGAAAUAGCCGUGGCCUUUGUCUUCCAAGCGAUCAGAUUGUACGCUUUCUACUACAUCUGGAGCGGUACACCCAUGAGCUUGAGUCGUCCUCAAAAGAAGAGGGAAUAG